UAUUAUCAGGCAACUUUUAAAGAUCUAUGUCUAUAAAUUAUGUACAUCUCUAAGCGACAAUGACGUUAAUUAUCAAUAAUUUAUGCAUAUACCUACAUAACUAAUUAGCUUGCAAUCUGUUUCAACACCCGAAUCGAUAAAAUCAAGGGAAAACGGAUAAUAGAACAAAGCCGACCAGUUCUUGUUUAUCGCGUGACGUCAUAGCAGACUUUCAGCCAUGAUUGAUCUAAGACUGGUUAAGAAAAAAUCGAUCAAACUUUUUACACGGGGCUCGAGCUUUCUCUGCUUAUAAAUUCACAUUAGCGGUAGGCUUGUUAAAAGUAAGACGUUAGCGGGCAAUUUAGAGAAAACUUUUAAUUAAGUUGGUGGCUAGAUUUUAAUUUAUUAAUCCGAUUAAUUCCGUUUGAAGUCGAGGUUAACUUCAUCAUGUCGGGUACAAAUCGCCGACCACUGAGUGCUCAAUCAAGAACUGCUUGGGGAGACGGCAUUGACAACUACGGAUCUGAGCCUGGACCUCCGGAUUCACCAAUGGAAAACAAAAAUUGGAAUGGCAGUCAAAGUGACACCAGGGCUCUGAGCCGAGCUUCUAAACCUCAAUCAAAAGGAUGCUUCUCCAGAAUUUGCGGUGGCAUAAGAUCAUUAUGGGCCACACGUCAUACAGAGGAGACCAAACAGAACCGAGAAUUGUAUGUGAAGACAACUCUGCGAGAACUGAUUAUCUACAUUGUUUUCUUGAUCAUCAUCUGUGUCAUUACUUUUGGUAUGACGAGUACAACUAUGUAUUACUACACCAAGGUUAUGAGUGAUUUGUUCCUGGAUACACCCAACUCUAAAGCCGGUACAUUCCGAACACUAACAAAUGUUGAUGACUUCUGGAGAUAUGCCAAGGAACCUCUAAUGAAAGGCCUCUACUGGGAAACAUGGUAUAACAAUGAAUCCGUUCCAGAAGCUCAACAAGGCUACAUUUAUUACGAGAACAAGCUACUUGGUGUUCCACGAAUCCGGCAGCUCAAGGUCCACAGUAAUUCCUGCGUUGUUCAUGAAGAUUUCAAGGGUGUCAUUCAAGAAUGUUUUGAUUCUUAUGCGGAGGGUAUAGAGGACACGAAGCCGUUUGGUCAAAAUGGUGUCAAUGACAAUGACACGGCAUGGAACUAUCAAACGGAAUCGACUCUGGGCGGCUCGUCACAUUGGGGUUUGCUGACAACCUAUAGUGGUGCGGGUUAUGUGCAGGACUUGGCGUUAAAUAUGUCAGAAUCCGAGAAGAUUAUCAACAAUCUAUUUGAUAAUUUAUGGAUUACGCGAGGAACAAGAGCGAUAUCCAUAGACUUUACCGUUUACAACGCCAACAUCAAUCUCUUCUGUGUAAUUAGAUUGUUUAUUGAAUUCCCUGCAACUGGUGGUGCCAUUCCAUCUUGGACGUUCCGUACCGUAAAACUGAUCCGUUAUGUUAGUAUCGGUGAUUUCUUCAUCAUGGCCUGUGAAUGUAUCUUCGUCCUGUUCAUCCUCUACUAUAUUGUUGAAGAAUGCCUCGAGAUCAAGAAACAUCGUCUCCACUACUUCAAGAGUUUCUGGAAUAUUCUUGAUAUCUUGGUUAUCAUUAUCUCACUGAUCUGUGUGGCGUUUGAUGUUUAUCGGUCGGUCGAGGUGGACCAGAAAUUGACGAGUCUGUUGGUGAACAAGGAACAGUAUUCAGACUUUGAACGUCUGAGUUACUGGGAGACGAGGUUUAGCAACGCCAUCGCCAUCUGCGUCUUUUUGGCCUGGAUUAAGAUUUUCAAGUACAUCAGCUUCAACAAGACCAUGACCCAGCUGUCAUCAACUCUCGGUCGUUGUGCUAAAGAUUUGGCCGGGUUCGCUGUCAUGUUCUUCAUCAUUUUCUUGGCCUUUACGCAGUUGGGUUAUCUGCUCUUUGGUACGCAGGUGAAAGACUUCAGCAGCUUCCAGAACUCAUUCUUCACCCUGUUCCGAAUCAUCCUGGGAGACUUUGACUUCCAGCAACUCGAGGCAGCAAACCGAAUUCUUGGACCGAUCUUCUUCAUGCUGUUCGUAUUCUUUGUAUUCUUUGUACUGAUCAACAUGUUCUUAGCCAUCAUUAACGAUACUUACUCGGAAGUCAAAGGUGACAUGGCCAAUAUGAAGAACGAAUUUGAAAUGGCUGACUAUUUUAAGAAGGGCUACUCGCGUGUAUUGGACAAAUUGAACCUCAAAAGAGAUAAAAUCGUGGAUAUUCAGAAGGCCUUGCGAUCAGCAGACAUCAACCAGGACAAACAACUCGACUUUGAUGAAUGGAGGCAGGAUCUUAAAACUCGUGGUUACGCUGAUGCUGAAAUUGAGGCUAUGUUUGCUAAAUAUGAUAUCGAUGGCGAUCGAGUACUUGAUGAAGGAGAACAAAAACGUAUGCAGGCCGAUCUUGCUGACCAAAGGGUGGCUCUUAACAAAGCUUUUAACGAACUCGAAGGCAAAGGAACUCGACAAGGUACGGCUCGUAGAUCCAGUAGUCGUGUCAGUUUUAAUGACGACAGUGGUGACGACAGUGACGAUGAAGACAGCGGCACAAAAUCUUCUAGAACAGGCAGAACUUCCAGUGGUGUUUCAUACGAAGAAUUUACAGUUUUAUCGCGAAGGGUGGAUAGAAUGGAACAUUCGAUUGGUAGUAUUGUGUCAAAGAUAGACGCUGUUUUAGUAAAAUUAGAAGCUAUGGAAAAAGCUAAAUUAAAAAGAAGGGAAACAAUGGGAAAAAUAUUAGACAGUAUUACAGAGUCCGAUGGGACGAGUGAUGAGAUGAAGCGAGAACAGAUGGAGAGAUUAGUUAGAGAAGAAUUAGAAAGAUGGGAUUCAGAAACAUCUAUGACAGCAGGUAGCGGACGGGGCGCAUCACCUGGUGCAGGUAGUGGUAGUAGUGGUCACGGAGCACGACCCAGAUCACGCCCAGCUUCAGGACAAAACUCUUCAGAUGUUUAAACGGGAGAUUAUGUAGUCGAGCACAUCACGUCUCCGGUGUGAUGAUAGUUCCUACACAACUACCAUCUUGUCUUAAUACUGCUGAUGUCAACCAUUCCAUCGUUCUAUGUCUUUAUAGAAUUUGUUAUUUUAUUUAUGUGUUUUAUGGUCUGGUAUAUAGGCUUUAAAUCUCUCUCUCUCUCUCUCUCUCUCUCUCUCUCUUCUCUCUCUCUCUCUCACUCACUCAUGAAAGUGCAGAUAGCCUGGCUUUUGGGACAGGUGGGGACAAGGUAUCUGUAUUCGUACAUAAUACCUCAAUUCCUGUCUCCGUUACCUCUUAAGCUAUGCUCUCACUCUCUCUCUCUCUCUCGAUCAGUUAUUAAUAGUAUUAUUUUCUAAUGGUAUAAUCCAGUUAUUACUGACCUUGUCCGAGUUGUUACUGAAAUAUCAUGUUACGGCACACCUGGUUACAGCUCCCUGUUAAAUGUGCCACAUUCAAAAACUUAAAACCAAAUUCAAAAUAAAUUAAGACAAAUUGUCUUUCUUGAGAAAAAAACAACUUUAAAACUUUAUUUUCCUUCUUUAAUUUUUGUUUAUCCAGAGGCGAAUGAAUUAAAUCAUGGGAUGAACAAAUAUUCAAGUUUCAAUCAUACUGAGGACAUAAUCCGUACGCUGGAUUAAACCUUAAAAAAUAAAAAAUAAAUAUGUUUAUUUCCUGAAAAAAAUAAUUAAGAAUUUAUUUCUCUUUGGUUUAUUUCUUAAGUUUAUUUGAUUUUUAUGUCAAUAUUUUAUCAUUAUAAAAUAUGGAGCGAUAUUAGAAUCUGUCCACAAGUUGUUUAAUGGUUUCAGGCAAGACAUUGAGUAAUAUAUAGAUAUAACCCUCGGACUAUCGUCCUCGUGCAAUAUCAAUAUAUUACUUAACCUCUCACCUUCGACCAUGAACACAAACUUACCAUUUGUGGAUAGAUUCUAAAGUCUAGCCUAAAAUAAUGUGUUAAGAGAUUUGGUUAUGGUGGGGUUUUAUUUGUAGAUUAAUUUAAUUUUACCUGUUUAUUUAAUUUUACCUGUAUAUUUUAUUAAAGUUUGUCCUUGUUUGUGAAUAUUUUAAGGGACCAAGUGUAUAUUUUGAAAGAUAGUAAUAUUACUACUGUGAAUAUUGCAUGAAAAUUUUAACCAUGAAAACUUUGUAAUUCUUGACUAACUUCAUGUCUCUCAUUGUCUUCUUUCUCCAGCCCUGUGGGUUUUCUCCGGGUUUUCUCCGGGUUCUCCAGGUUUCCUCCCACUGCUAAAGACCCCUACGCGCAAGUGAAUUAUUGAAAUAAAAAUUGAACCAUGUGUUAGUCCCGAAAUGACCUCUAGUUUGUGUUGAGUGGACAAAUUAAAAACCCAUUUCUCAGUUGUUUAGGCCAAGUGUCAAAUUGUUUAGAUCUUCCAUCAAAUUGUUUAGACUUUAGACCCAAUGUCAAAUUG